AUGUUUUUCUCAGAAAGGAAUAAACAAAGCAUUCUAUUUUAAAGAAAAUACAAGCCCAUUUCGUUGUCUUAAGUUUUGCAAAAACCACUUAUAGUUAAAUCUUUACCUCCUAUUUAUCUUUCGCCUGCAUAAAAGAGAUCAUAAUAAAAACCAUUAAAAUUAGAUAAUUGUUUAUCUUAAAGACCUUCAUAACCUUAAAUUAUCAAUAAAUUUUAAGGUAUUGGAGCAGUAGGUCUAUCAUUUAAUCCCAUCGAAAAGGAACCUCUAUAAUAAUAAUAUGCUUUAAUGAGCAGUAAAAAACUUGCUAUUUAGGUCUCAAAAAAGUUUAAUAUUCAUAGAAAAAUUAAUAUAAAACAUAUAGAAAAUCAAUCUUAGAAAUAUUAUACGGAAGCUUAAGUUGACAAAGUAAAUAAAUGGUCAUAAACUACAUUUGAUGAGGAAUAAUUAUUAGAAUACUUAAAUACUUGA